GCUGCCAGUCUUAAAAAUAAAUAAUUUUUAUUUGGUUGCCAUGGUUUCUGCUAGAUCGAUUGGAGAAGAUUGUUAAAUAUUUUUCAAUAUGACCACGGAAGUUAUUGUUGAAGACCCCAUUAUAGAUGCAGAGGCAGAACCCGAAGAACAAGAAAUUACUGUCUGUGCACGUUUAGUUUUAACUAAAGAACAGAAAAAUGAUCUUCACCAAGCAUUUAAUCUGCUCGAUUACAAUGGUGAGGGAAAGAUAAAAGCAGAAGAUUUUCGAGUAGCUAUCAAAGCUCUAGGCUACGAACCAACGAAAGAAGAACUACAAAAAAUGAUUAAUGGUGUAGACAAGGGUAAUACUGGUAAACUAAGUUUCGAAAAUUUUGAAACGGCUAUCAUGAGAAAGAUAAUGUCGCUGGACAGCGAUGGUGAUAUAAUGAAGAGUUUUAGACUUUUUGACAUGGAUGACUGCGGAUUUAUAAAUUUUGAAAAUGUGAAAUGCGUUACGCAAAUUUUAGACAUUUACUUAUCAGAUCAAGAAAUAGAAGAAAUGAUUGAUGACGCAGAUAAGGAUUUUGAUGGACUUAUAUCUGUUCAAGAAUUUAUGAGAAUGAUCAAGAAUUCUGUGGACAUUGUUACUCCUUAAAAUUUGUGACUCUUUGAGUGCAAUGAAAUACAA